AUGCAUGAUGAGAUCUCAAGGAUUUUAGGGCAUAGGGUUACCCUCGAGCCUAUUGACCAUCCAAGAAAAAGCGAACUCUGGCUGAGUGAAAUCAGGCUCUGCUACGACUUCAACUUCCAUCUUAUGAAUUGUCCACCAGAUUCUAAGACGCUAAAUACUGAGAACGAGGACAUGAAGAUGAUUUAUUCUUUAUAA